CACGUGUCUAUUCCCGCCAAAAGCGUCAGAGAAGCGUUGCCAACGAAGUAGCAACGAGACGGCCAAUGGAAAGCCACUACGAGGAAGACAGAGAAACGUGUAGGAAGUUUUUGACGGAUUUUUACGUUGAUCGCGUGGACGAUCGCGGCCAGAAGCGGAAAGACUUCAAAUAUGCUGAUCAAUUGACGAAAUUGGCCAAUCGGGAAGAAGUUGCCAUGACGAUUGAGUUGGAUGACGUAGCAGAGCAAGAUCAAGAUCUGGCUGAUAGAAUAACUCAAAACACUAAACGGUACGUCAGCCUGUUUGAAGACGCAGUCGACGAGCUACUGCCACAAUACAGAACAGGAGAGCCUUCACACAAAGACAUUCUUGACACAUACAUUGAGCAUCGAUUGUUGGUUGAAUCUCGUCGCGCUCCAGAACGAGACGGAGAUCGCGACCCACGCAAUCACUAUCCACCAGAGCUGCUACGACGAUAUGAAGUCUAUUUUCGUCACAUGUCGACUGUGAAGUCGUUGUCGAUUCGAAACGUGAAGGCUGACAACAUCGGGAAGCUGGUGACUGUCCGCGGCAUUGUGACCAGAUCAACUGAAGUGAAACCGAUGAUGAAAGUGGCAACGUACACGUGUGACCAAUGCGGAGCCGAGACAUACCAACCGAUUGGCGGUCCAACCUUCAUGCCUCUCUUUCUAUGCCCAAGUCAAGAAUGUUCUACCAACCGAUCGGGCGGUCGUCUUUACCUACAAACACGCGGAUCCAAAUUUGUCAAAUUCCAAGAGCUUCGAGUGCAAGAACAUAGCAAUCAGGUGCCGGUUGGUAAUAUACCACGUAGUAUGACUGUGUAUUGCAGGGGUGAGGUGACUCGGCAGGCGACGCCAGGGGAUCAUGUUUGUGUUACGGGUAUAUUUCUUCCCAGAAUGAAGACAGGUUUCAGACAGUUGGUAUCUGGUCUUCUCUCAGACACAUUCUUGGAUGCACAUUGCAUAUGGAAGGUGAAGAAAACAGAUGAAACGGAAUCACCCAGUGAUGCUCUGUCUGAUGCAGAAGUGCAGGCAUUAAGUGGAGAACAAGAUUUCUACGAGAAGCUUGCAUACUCUCUUGCACCUGAGAUAUACGGCCACGAAGAUGUGAAGAAGGCUUUACUGUUGUUGCUUGUGAGUGGCCUGGAUAGGAAUCCACAUGGAAUGAGAAUUAGAGGGAGUAUUAAUAUUUUACUGAUGGGAGAUCCGGGUGUGGCGAAGAGUCAGUUGUUGGGUUAUAUAGAUCGACUUGCACCGAGGAGUCAAUAUACUACAGGCAGAGGAAGCUCGGGCGUUGGGCUAACUGCCUCUGUGAUGAAAGACCCGGUUACAAAUGAGAUGGUGCUUGAGGGUGGUGCAUUGGUAUUGGCUGAUCAAGGCGUUUGUUGCAUUGACGAAUUUGACAAAAUGAUGGAAGCUGACCGAACAUCUAUCCAUGAAGUCAUGGAGCAACAGACUGUGUCAAUCGCUAAAGCUGGAAUUAUGACGACACUCAAUGCUCGUGUGUCUAUUCUUGCUGCUGCUAAUCCUGCAUAUGGGAGAUAUAAUCCAAAGAAGAGUGCGGAGGCAAACAUUCAGCUUCCAGCUGCUCUCCUGUCGAGGUUUGACUUGUUGUGGCUCAUACAGGAUAAACCGGAUGCUGAGAGUGAUUUGAGAUUGGCACAACACAUCACGUACGUCCACCAAAACUCAGUCCAACCACCAGCUCACUUCGAAGCCUUAGACAUGAAAGUAAUGAGUCGCUACAUUGCACUAUGCAAGACCAAGGAGCCAGUAAUUCCAGAGGCUUUGACUGAUUACAUCACAGGAGCUUAUGUUGAAAUGCGGAAGGAAGCUCGAAAUGAACGAAACAAUUUCAACAACACUUAUAUCUCUGCUCGAACGUUGUUGGCUAUUUUACGUCUCUCAACGGCUUUGGCCAGACUGCGUCUUGCCGAUGUGGUCGAACGCGAGGACAUCAACGAAGCCAUGAGACUCAUGGAAAUGUCAAAGUACUCUCUCUAUGCCGACGAAACAAGCAGCAGAACAGCCAAACCAGUAGACGCUAUAUAUCGUAUUGUACGUGAAAUCUCAGACGCCAAGUCACUUCGGUUGGAGGAGGCUCGGCAGCGUGUGCUUGCAAAGGGCUACACACCAGCUCAGUUCGAUGAGUGUCUUGAUGAGUAUGAAAGGCUCAAUGUGUGGCAGACCAACCACUCACGCACGAGGAUUACUUUCAUUCAUUGAUUUGUAACUUAUAUACGACGCAUGCGUGUGAUUUAGUGUGCCGCACUCUCAUUGGAUAAACAGCAAUAGUCACGUGUUUAGUAAUCACGUGUCUGUUGAUGGUAUACGGGACAUUUCAGUGUACCGGAUGUUUCUCUCAGUGAA